UGUUGUUCACAGGCUGUGACGCUGAACUGCACCCACUCUUUUUGCAUGGAAUGUUUGCAAAAGUGGUCUCAAGUCUCUGGCGUUACCCGUGCAGACAAGGGAGUUUGUCCAACUUGUCGGACGAAGAUCGUGUCGUCGAAUCCUUCGAGGGCAAUUGAUUCCCUGGUUGAAGUUCUCAUCAAGUCGAUGAGUCCUGAAAAGCAAACUGCUCGAAAAGCGAUGGAAGCUUUGCAUGAAGCGUGGCGAAAGGAAAGAGAGCGACCUGUGAUUCGCUCGAGAGGUAGACCGAAAUCCCGUGACUCUACGACAAUGCCAAAUAUCGUGGUUGGAAGGCGUGGGAACGAACAUUUGACUGAUUUGCUGGCGCGUCUAACCAAUGAUCGAGGUCGAAGUGCGUCUUCCAGUGUGGUCGAUGAUUCCGAAGAAACAAGUGCCACGUCCCGUGUGGAUGUCGUACUGAGGGAUAUUUUGAUACCCUUCGCUGCCAACAGUGAGUACCCUUGCGCCAAAAUGCCUCCACUGCUUCGGUCGAUGAUCUUGGAAUUUUAA